AUGAUAUUUGUUUUCCUCAACAUGUUCACCAAAACUUUCCUUAGCACCAUCUUUUUGGUUGUCUCUUUGGCUUCGGCCUCUUCUCCUAGCAAAGGCUUAACUGCACCUCUAAUCCCACCAACCUCUCCUCGUUCUCCAUUUUAUACCGAAAUACUCAAAGCAAACAACAUAUCAACAACGAAAAAUGUUACUCUAAACCGAAGCCAAUACAUGGAGUGGCUCAUAACAAAAUAUACACAAAACAAGCAAGGAGAGGUUUCAUUUCAAAGGGAUGCGGGUCAUCACGUAGUAGACAUGUACUUGGGUAAUCCAGAGCAACGAGUGUACGGGAUCUUCGACACAUCGAGUGAUAUUGUAUGGAUCCAAUGCGCCAAGCAAGCAAAACAGAAUGAAUUUGUGUACUAUAACUAUAGUGAGUCCUCUACUUACAAACAUGUACCGUGUGAUGAUGUCAAAUGCAACACUAGUUAUGUAAACAUUAUAGGAUGCAAAGGGAAACUACCUCCUUGCGCAUUCAUGGCCACUUAUGAGAAUGCGACGGUUGCUUAUGGUCCCUUGGCUACUGAUGUUGUCACAUUCAAACCGGAGUCGGAGAUUGUCCAAGAUUUCAUCUUUGGAUGCAGCGUUAAGAAUAGCCCCAGAAUGAUGGGGGCCAUAGGUGAGUUUUAA